UCUCCUCUCUGGAAGCUCUGGUCCCUGGGAUGCAGCCAGAAUGGACUGCAGAGCCAGAGGAGCAGAUCUGGUGGUUAUUGAGUGCGCUAAAGAACAGGAGUUCCUUACUAGGCUCACCAAAAGACCGACUUGGAUUGGUUUACAUGAUGAAGAAGAAGAAGAGGGAAAAUGGAAAUGGGUAGACGGAACUCCUGUUAAUCUGAAGUACUGGGCAAAUCGCCAACCUGAUAAUGGCGAUGGAGACCCACGGUAUGGUGAAGAGGACUGUGCUCAUAUCAGGACAUCUGACAGCACUUUGUGGAAUGAUGCUUCAUGCAGGGAUUUUCUGCCGUGGUCUGUUGGAGGUGCUGGAGUAGCAUGUGUGUGGCAGUUUGACAUAGUUUUUCACUUCAGCACAGAGGAGGAGAUCAUCUACAUACUGGAUCAAGUACAGCCCUCUGGAGGAGUGAAGCCGUCCAGGGUAGCACGUACUACCAUUGAGAAAGCCGCAGGGCUGUCUACCAUGCCUUGGG